AUGAAGUUCCCCUCUCCCAUCCAUGAUGCCUGUGGCCCCUACUCAGGGAAAGCCUGUGUCUUCUAUCCCUUCCGGGAGAUCUGUUGCGAGCUCCCCAGCUGUCAGUCCAGCUGCUCCAUCUCUAUCCCCUGCCAGACCCUGUGUUUUCGCCCCAUUGUCUUCUGCCAGUCCCAGGGCUACGGAUCCAGAUCCUGUCGAUCCCUGGGCUAUAGAUCCAGCUCCUGCCGACUCGUGGGAUCCUGUCAGUCCCUGGGCUAUGGAUCCAGCUGUUGCCAGUUCCCGGCCUACAGGUCCAGUGGCUGCCAAACCCUGGGCUACAGAUCCAGCUGCUGCCGGUCUUUGGGCUAUGGAUCCAGAUCCUAUCAGUCCCUGGGCUUUAGAUCUGUCUACUGCUGGUCCCCGACCUACAGGUCCAAUGGCUGCCAGACCCCAGGCUUCGGAUUCUACUCCCGCAGAUCCGUGGCCUUCCGUUCCGGCUGCCGCCCGUCCCUGGGCUACGGAUCCAGCUUCUGUCACCCAACUCGCUUUGCCGUGCAAACUCACCAGUCCCUUUGUUUCCGGCCAAGUUGCAGAUCUGGCUUCUACCGAUCAACUUGCUGA